AUGUGCAGAAAACUUCGACAGCCGCCUCAUUCGACAUUGAUGGGCGAUUUACCUUCUGACAGACUUCGCCCCUUCGAACCACCUUUCUCAGUGACAGGUGUUGACUUAUUUGGCCCGUUUUUCUUGAAGUACGGAAGAAACCAGUCCAAGAAGGCGUGGGGAGCUAUAUUUACUUGUGCGACUAGCAGAGCAGUACUCCUGGAAAUUGUGGACAAUUUGUCCACUGAAGCGUUUCUGCAAGCUUUACGCAGAUUUGUAUCUCAUCAUGGAUGGCCACACACCAUCAUCUCCGACAACGGAACGUCAUUUACUGGAGCACAAAAGGAGCUGAAGGUUUUGGUCAAGGAAGCACGAAGGCAGCUCAUGGACUUUGCGUCGUUGCAUGAAGUCAAAUGGAAAUUUAUUACUCCAUUAAGCCCACACCAAGGAGGGUUCUAUGAAAGCCUCAUCAGACAGAUAAAGAGAGCAUUACAAGUAGCUGUUGGAAAGCAAGUUUUAACUUGGAAUGAAAUGGCAACAGUGUUCGCCGAAGUCCAAUGUUUGGUGGAUUCUAGACCAAUAGGAUUUACUCCGAAAAACCCGAAUGACAUUCAGCCUCUUACACCAAAUCACUUUGUGCUGGGCAGAGCCACACCUGCAGUUCAUCAAGGACCUUUCCAGGAAACAAGAAACCUUCGCAAGAGAUUCGAGUUCGUGCAGAUGUUAGUGCAACAGUUUUGGAAACGGUUUGUCCAUGAGUACAUUCCUACCUUAACAAAGAGAUCCAAGUGGCAGAGGAAAGGGAGACAACUCCAAGUGGAUGACAUUGUCUUGUUGACAGAGAUCAACGUUCCACGUGGUAAAUGGAACUUGGGACGUAUUGUUGAAACCUAUCAAGGCCAGGAUGGAAUUGUUCGUAAUGUUAAAGUCAAGACACAGUACGGGGAGUACAAGCGUUCCGUACAGAAGUGUUGUCCUAUCCUAGAGCAAGAUUAG